AUGUGGUCGGGAGCGGCAGCCGCGGCGGCGCGCACCGUGUCCCCGCCGCUCCACGCGCCGACGUCCCUGAUCGGGCGGCGCGGCGCGGGGCGGCCGUCGACGGUGUCGGUGCGCGCGGGCGGCGGCGGGCUGAUGGACUUCGUGGGCGGGGACCUGGUGAAGCCGGACCUGGGGCGGUGGCUGGACGACGUGGAGGAGCACAAGGCGCUGGCCAUCUACCCGCCGCACGAGGGCGGCUACGAGGGCCGCUACCUCAACCGCCUCCGCUACCAGGGCUACUACUUCCUCGACCUCUCCGCGCGCGGCCUCGGCGACCCCGAGUCCACCCUCACCAAGAUCCACCCCGUCUGCCCGCCUAGCCUCGGGAGGCAGCCGGUGGCGAGGUGGUACUUCCCGCCGGAGGUGGACUACAGGCUCAGCCUGCUGCACCCGGACGCCAAAGGGCUCAUCGUCUGGGUCUACGAGGCCAAGGUUCUGUCCAAGGCCGAGCUGCAGUUCCUGGCCAUGCUCCCCGACCUCCGCCCCAAAGUCAGGGUGAUCGCGGAAUGCGGCAACUGGAGAAAAUUCAUCUGGAAACCGCUGAAGCAAAUAUCGGGCCUCGAGCCUGAUCCGGACGCCGAGGAAUGA